UGUACUAAUGUCUGAUGUACCAAUUUAUUUACUCCGUAGGUAUAGUUAAGUACUGGACUAAUAUAAUUGAUUCUUUUGUCCAAUAAAGAUUAAAUAAAUAAAUAAAUAAUUGAAAAUUAGUGAAAAUUGAAAUUGGUAACACAAGGAUGAAUGAAUACAUAAAUGAAGAUAAAAUACCCAUGAGCCCAUGACAAAUAAAGUUAAGAAAUGAACAGCAGUAUUUUAGUCUUCAGUCCCUGAGCCAAGCAGAGGAUUAACACACAUGCUGUGAAAAUAAAUAAUAGUAAUUUCGGAACCCAAGAAAUAAUUUCAUAUUACUGAUGGAUUCGAUGGAUCGUUUUUAAUUAUCGAUUUUCUGUAUGCGUGCCAUUCAUCGUAAAUAUGGCAACCCUUUAGACUCCAACGGUUUAAAAAAAGUUUAAAAAGUUCAACUCUUAUCUGUGCCCAGUGCAGUGUUGCCAGGCGUACUAUAAUUAUAUUAUUUAUACGGUUCGGGUACGAUGUACGUUCCAAAGAGCAUUAUCGUACCCAAAAGUACGAUAAUUUCAGCCCUUGGACGAGGUCACCCAAAAAGUCUAGUAUUUGAAGCAAAAUAUGACACUUUCCCCCAGAAAUAGGCUAAAAUUAGCAAAUUUCCUAUAAACCGUUUGGCACUGUCACAAAAAUGCACAAAUAUAGAACUGAUUUUUGCGCAAUUUAGACGAACAUUAUGUUUCCUUUGAUUAUAUAUUGGAAAUUUAAACUUAUUUCAAAACAUUUUUGGAGUACUGCCCUUUUGAUAGGCGUACGAUAAUUUUUUCAACGGUACGAUAAUUUUCACACUCAAAUACGUUAAUUCUCUUCCGCGCACCUAGCAACACUGGCCCAGUGUGCCCUGUGGGUGGGCCUGUCAAAGACAACAUUCAAUUUCAAACCAAGCUUUUUUUCCGAUGAUUAUUGUAAAUAUUCAUGAAAUAUUCCAAUAAAAUAAGUGUAAUGAAAGAGUAGCCUUAAUUGAAAAAAUCAUAAAUUGAGUACCAAUCCAACAAAAUGGACAUCAACGAAGUAAGUACUACAGAAGACUUAUGGACCCCAUACAAGGAGCUUGCAGCGGUCGUGGACAGUUACUUGACGAGUGACGGUGGCAGCGCGCCCUACGCCGUGCACACUUUCGAGGCGGUGCUGCGGCGGCAGGCGCAGGCCUUCCGCGCGCUGCCACAUAACCCACCAAAGAACCCGACGAGUCGCGAGGAGAUCAAACGCGGCGUGACAGAAGGUGUGACGCUGCCCAGCCUGGGCAAGACCAUGCUCUCCAAGGAGCUGGUGGACGAGGCCAUCAUCAUAUCAGACAUGUUCAACGUGAACGAGUACCUAGCGCUCGAGCUGCUCCACACCGCGCAGAGACAGGGCCCGCGGCACCCCGGGCUGGCGCGGGGGCUGCUCGCCGUGCUGCUGUACUACGACGGGCGCCGCGCGCUGCUGCAGGCCCUCAAGGACACGCUCACCGCCCGGGACGGAGUCUGCUGGUCAAUAAAUGCGCGCGAGGAUAUAGUGAAAUACGUGACCCGCUACGUGGACCAGCUGAUCCGUGAUGGACUGCUGGGCGGCGUGCUGGACUCGCUGCGCGGGUUCACGCUUGGCGGGCAACUAGAGCUCUUGCAGCAACACAGGGCACUGCCGCCGCGCGAGCACCACGCCAAGCUCGCGAGAUCCAUAGAGGGCACCAGAAAACUGCUCGCCGGAGUGGUAUUCGCCGCCUCGGCUCAGCGCGGGCUCGAACGAGAGACGCUACUGCGGCUGAUCAACGAGCAAACGACGUCGCCGUCCCAAGGGCCGACGGGCGCGCUGGACGAAGUAUCGCUCGCGCUGCAGAUGGCGCUGCUGUACGCCUUGGAUCUCUCUGUUCUACACAGACGCGAAGACGGCGAGGAGCUGGCGAAGAAGCUGCCCCUCAUCCAGGAUCCGGAGCUGAUCGGCAUCCUCAUAGACGAGCUGCUGCCCAGCCGGCCGCCCAGCAAGGAGCACAAGUCCAAAGCAGGCGCCCGCGCGCUGUGCCAGCUGUCCUUGGGGCUGGCGCUGGCCGCGCUGCGCCGCGCGCCGCAGUCGCUCUCCCUCUCGCGCGACCAGUCGCACCGGGACGAGGAGCUAGUCGACGCCGCCACUGACAAUAAGGUUUUCGAGUAUCUGGACGAGGCCAUACUGUCCACGGAUCUCGUGAUGAAAGAGGAGUACUAUCAGCGCAGAAUACACGUUCUCAUCACCGACUUCAUCGUGCUGAUGCACUCCAAGCUGGUCGAGAUGAGGGUCAAAGCCGACGAAGCAGCCCGCGCGAUCCAAGUGUACGUGUCCGAGGGCCUGACGCCUCCGGCCGGCGCCGGCCAGAGCCGGACGCGGCUGGACGCGCUGCUGCGCUGCGUGGAGCGGCUGUACGCGCGCGACCCGCUGGGGCUCCGCCACGAGUACUGGCAGGCCGAGCAGCACCCGCCCAGCAGGUCGGCAGCGGGCGGGCGCGCCACCAUCCUGUACAAAUUCGUCCGGCUGUCCGGCGAGCUGGUCUGCCCAGCCCUGCUGCCCGGCUACCUGCGGGCGCUGGCCUCGGUGGCCGUGCCCAAGCACACGUGGACGCUGCUGUCGCGCCGCGACGCGCUGUCCGCCCACCACCUGCUGUCGGCUCUCCGGCGGUACCACUGCCACCUCCGCACGGACCUGGCGCCGUUCUCGGAGACGAUGCACGCGGCGUCGCUCGGCGGCUCGGCCGUGCUCACGCCCGCGGCGCGCCCCGGCAAGAUGCUCGUGAGGCAGGAGGAGGUGGAAGCAAUGAUAGCAGCACUAAAGUUGAUAGCAGCUGUAGCUCGGGAAGAUGCCGCCGCGAGCGCCGCCAUUUGUGAGACAUUGCAGUGGGACGCCACCAACACCAUGUUCGGGCUAAUGUGCUGCCAGAUCCCGAUCCAGCUGAAAGCGGCCCUGUGUGACACGCUGAGCGCGCUGGGCGGCGCGUGUGGGCCCGCGGGCCGCGUGUGGGCGGCCCUGGAGGCCGCGCAGCUGGUCGGCGGCGCGCGCGGCCUGCAGGCCGACCUCAACGAGAUCGAGACCCGAAUGGAAGAAUACCCACUAACCGUCUCGUUCCUGAAGCUCCUCAUAUCUCUCUGCUCCGCGGCUCCUCUGCCGCGCUCGCUGGGCGCCGGGACCCGCGUGCCGGGGCUGGACCCUUACGUGGACUACGUCACGCGCGUGGCCCUAUCCGCCACGCACAGGCCCUAUAAGAAGCCUGCACAGCGCCACCAGAUCCUGUCCCUCUGCUACAACCUGCUCACCAUCUGGCUGGAGCAGUACGAGCCCUCCCCCUCGGACUUCCCCCCACCAGGGCAUGAGCCGGCCAGCGCGCCGCCGCCCGGCUUCAGGGUGCUUUCGCAGCUGCACUCGCAGACGGACCUGCUGAAGCUGACCCUCGCCACACUCGACGAGGUGCCCGACAUGGUGGACCAGCAGGAGGUGAGCACUACUCCCGAACAUCAAUACUUAGAAGAAUGCAUCACUCACAUAUUGACGAUACUGGAGCGGGCUUUAGCCCUAGAGCGUGCCUUAGUUCGCAGCGCGAACGAGGCCGGCCGCUCCGUGCUCGUUCUGGGGCUAUCUAAAUUGAUUCUAGAGCCGGGCCCCAACGGCGGCGACCGGCUGACGCACUGCUGCCGCGUGCUGGCGCACAGCUCCGCGCUGCCCGCGUGCGCCGCGCGCGCCGCCGCGCUGCUGGCCCGCGCGCUGCUCGAGCCCGCCGCCGCGAGGCACCUGCAGGAGCACGCCAGCUACAGGGCCCGCGAGAUACGACACUGGUUCGUGGAAUGCCUGGACGCGGACGGCUGGCCCGAGGCGGCCGGCGCGUGCGUGCGCCGCGCCAAGGAGCUGGUCGUGGGCAUCCUGCAGCACACCCUGCCCAGUGCUGCCCCCAACCUGUCACACCUGCUGCUGGGAUACCAGAACCAGGAGGACAUAUCGCGCAGCGCCCUACACGAGCCGGGCGUGGGCGGCAGCCCGCGGACCUGUUUCCACUCCGUACUCGACAUACUGGACGCUCACAUCGCCGGCCAAAACAGCCAUGAGAGGCAAGCGGACGACCUGAUAGAGAGCUGCUACAGGCUGGUGUACUGGGUGUGCGCGCGCGCCAACACGUCCGCGCCGGCGCUGCGCCUGCUGCGCGCGCGGGACCACUUCCUGUCGCGCCACGUGCGCGCCACCACCAACCUGCAGACGGCGUGCGUGGCCACGCUGUCGUCGCGCUCGUGGGUGCUGCGCGCGUGCGCCAGCGAGGUGGGCUGCGCGUGCUGCGCGCGCCAGCACGCCGCCGUCGCCGCGCUGCUGCGCGCGCUGGCCGCCACCACCCGCCCGCAGGAAUGGGAAGGCGAAGGCUGCUUACUCCGGAGGUGUCUCAGCGCCCUCCCCGUGUCCGCCCCGCCGCCCCCGGAGCCGCAGUGGGAGCUGUUCAACCCCACGCUGCUGGCGCAGGCCAUAGCCAGCUGUGACAUAUCUGCAGGUCCGUCGUCGAAGCGCAUCUCCGUAUCGCGCGUGCACGCGCUGCUGGCGCGCGACCUGGCCGCGCUGCCCGUGUCGCAGCCGCAGCGCGCGCUCGUCUCCGCCGAGAUACAGAAGGUCCUCGACUACGUCACAGAAGUAAACAAACAGCGUAACCUAGCGGCCACACUCACGCACUACUACGACUCCUGGCGCCAGCUCACCGAGAUCAUCUUCUGCGUCGUGCCACAGGACCUGCUCACCCUCGACGCCAAGAAGAACCUCCUCAUCAGCAUACUACAAGACCUCCUUAACAAAAUACCUAAUGCAGAACCACCGGUCAUACCGCAACUGGGUGUUCUGGCCUCCGGAACUGUGCUAUUACUCCUAGUCAAUCUAAGACACUGUUACAUGUUGCAAAGGAAAGAAUCCAACUCGAAAUCCUCAGACUUCGAUACCACAUUCUUCACUUCAAGCCAGAUGCAAACCAAAUCUCUACCCCUCAAGUUUAUCCUACACAAAAUCCUCUCCUGGAUCAUCGUAUCAGGCGACCAGUCUCAAAAACUCCGCGUGAACCUGUACGGGGCGUUGCUGAAUUUCCUGAAUAUAGUUAACAUGAAGCAUCAGGAUGAUGAGGACAGCCAGGACACGACGUAUGUGAGCCGGUUGGACGCUUCGCGAGUGCGGCAUAAUAAGGAGGAGUCUUCGCUGAAGAGCAUGGUCAUCGAUGAUAUUAAAUAUUACGGGGUUAAUCUGUACAGUAUUAUAGGUGCGGACUGCGUUCGAGCGGGGCACGACGCGUGUCGCAUGGUGGCGCUGGCGUGCAUAGACUCACUCAUAGACAUAGACCCGAGGACAGACUGGAUCGACGCGCUCAGCAACCAGGGCCUGCUGCGCUCCCUGGUCGACAGCCUGCUGUCCAUGGACGAGGGGCUUCGAGAGGCGGUGGAGCCCAACCCGAAGUCCCUCCGCGUGAUCUACCUGUACGAGUCCAAGAUGGCGCUGCUGACCCGCGUGGCGGGCUCCGCGGCCGGCGCCGGGGCCCUGCUGGCGCACGGCGCCCUGCAGGCCCUCGCCGAGCUCUCCGUGCUGCGCAGCCACCCCGACAUACACGCGCCCAGCCAGCAGCAGUUCGUGCCCGACCAGGCCGACAGAUAUCGUCAAAUCCUGAUCCCGGCCCUGGCGCUUUGUGACGCGCUGCUGACAACCCUGGGCAGCGAGAACGAGAGCUGCGUGCACCUCAUCAUGCAUCUCCUUUACACCAACGUGGAGUGCAUGGACAUGGUUCUACGCGCCGCCCACCCCACCUCAGCCCCAGGGCUACUAAUCGAGGUGGAGUGGCUGACGUCAGUGCUGGCGCGCUGCUCCGCCUGCCCGGCCUUCGGCACCGGCGACCUGGCCGCCGAGCGCGUCGCGCGCACCCGCCUGCUGCUGGCGGCCCUGCUGCCGAGGUUCCAGCGGGCGCCCACUGCACCAGACCUGGACCUCACUACUUACUACCGGAUCGUGUGCAACAUUCUAACGUUCACGCGCAACACAGUGGAGUCCUGGUUCCUGAACGGCGAAGCCCCGGGUCCACUACCACCAUACACAGCAGUCUUAACCCUGCUCCAGGACUCCGUGUCGCACGCCCACCACUACAACAAGGCGCUCACCACCACCCUGCAUCGGCUGGACAUGCGGGCGCUGCUGCCGUCCGGGGACUCCGGUGACUCGCCGGCGGCGCGCGCGCGGUCUCUGCGGCGGCAGCUGCAGCAGUGCGGCCACGCCGCCUGCCUCGCGCUGCACCUGCUGUGGCGGAUGGCGCAGUGCUCCAAGCACCGGGCCGACGCCCCCGCCCUGAACGGCACGUGGCAGGCCGCGCCGGGCGCGGUGCCGGCCGAGCUGCGCAAGGAGCUGGCCGCCGCCUUCAGCGAGCGCUUCACGCAGAGCCUGCUCGACUGCGCGGAGACGCAGUCGACGCAGCGGUUCUUCCUGGACGUGAUCGUCAAGGACAUCAAGACCAUGAUGCAGUUCUAGCGAGGCGGUGGUCCAAACGCGAGGUUGGACUUCAAUACUUCAAUAUCAAAUAGAAACUUUGUACCUAAUAUAAUGAAGUUAUCAGAAAAUCGUGUUCCGAAUAAGUAUGAAUUGUUAGAAAGUUAGUCACUGUUAGGUUUCUGACGAUAAUUAUGCAUUGAAUAUGAAAUGGUUUUGUUAAAUUACUAUGUGAAAAAAGGAAAAAAGUUGAUGAAAAGUUGAAUGGAAUCUCCAUGUACCAAAAAGUGCAAUCAAAAAACCAUGAAUAGGUGGCGCUACAAUACCUAGAAUACAUGACCAAAAAAACCUAAUCAUAGACAGCGCACUCCUUUGGAGUUGCAGGUGUACAUAGGCUACGGAGACUGCUUACAAAAAUUAAAAAAUUCAAAAUUCAAAAAUUUAUUCUGCAAGUAGGCCUCAAGGGCUCUUUUACAAGUCAAUUUAUAGUAACAUCAUAUAGUGACAUGAAAAAUACAUAACAACAUUUAUAAAUACAACAGCCAAUACCUGGGUAAACAUUACAUUAUAAUAAUCUUAAAAUAAAUAAUUACUACAAUACAAUAGAGAUGUAUAGUCUCUAUGGUUAUUUACCACCAGGCGGGCCGUAUGCUUGUUUGCCACCGACGUAGUAUAAAAAAAAAACUUCACUCCGUCAAUAGCGCCUAGGUUCUUAGCUACUCUAGCGCUACUCUGGAGAGAUUUGGAACUAUUAUUUAUAGCUGACCACUGGACUUUUGCAACAGUUCUACCAUAACAGAUUUCACUAUUUUUAAUUCCACACUCCAUAAUUUAAUGCUUAUAUAAUUAUCGGCAUUGCAGUUAUAAUGGAAUAUUACUGCAAUAUUCUGCCGCCAGAGUUCAGCUAGCACCUUUAGUAAACCAUAGAGUAACUUAUACAUACUGUGCCUUAAACUGUUUAUUGACAAGUUUUCACAGAUAAUUAAAUAUGAUAUUGAUGCAUCAAGACGGAUUGUUUACAAAGGGCCUACCAGCACCCCUAGUGUAAAUAAAUUCGAUUUCGAAACGUGACGUACGCGUUUGCGUUUAAUCUCAUUUUGUAUUGGAUUUAGAAAGAGCGCGCCAAGCGGGACGUUUUGGAAACUCAAAAUCCUAUACAAAAUGACACUUAACGCAAACGCGUUCGUCACGUUAUGAUGUCGAUAAAAUUUACACUAGGGGUACAGACAAAUCUAAAUUUAGUUAUCUGCCUCUUCAUCGCUGGAAUAUGAAAGAGUGAUAGAGAGGUUAGAUACCGAAAUUUGGAUUUUCUUGGUACGCGGUAGACCCUCAGAUUGUGAUGGAUUGUGGUAGUAGCGCCCCCUACGCAGAGUUUUGCGUUAUAUUCCCUAUUAGGUGUUAUUGUCUGCUAGUAGCGGAAUGUAGUAAAAUAUUGUAAAAGUUUCACAGUAAAUAAAAUAUACCUUCAUUUCAAAA